AUGCCCGGAAAGUCAUCAUUUCGAGAAAAAAUAGCCAGAACUUUGAAUUUGCAUGACAAAAGUGAGGAGGAUGAAUGUGAUCGGAUACCCUCUAACAUCAUCGUCACUUCUUUUGACAUGACUUGUUAUUUUUUUGCCAUUUUUACAUACAUUUCGGAUAUUUUUAUGGAUAUUUUUGUGGCCAUUUUCUACUUCAGAAAGGGAAAUGUAAGUUUUAUUUGCAAGCUUUGACGAGUAUAACGCUCGUCAUCUAUUUGCUUGUUGAGUAAUAAAUUCGACUCCUUCAGCAAAUGGCAGGUAUAUUAACCACCGUUUUCAUCCUUCUUCCAUCUCUAAUUUUAAAUUUUAUUUCAAUCUUAUUCUGGAUGGAUGAUGAGGCCAGAAGAAGAGAAGAUGACUGCACUGAUCGCAGCAAUACUUACGACUUUGUGUUUACUGAUAAUAUUAAAAUAUUGAGUAAAUCCAGAGGAAAAGGGGGAAUCGAAGUCACGGAUUCUGAUGACAAAGCGGGAAAAAGGAAGACGAGAGUUUACAGAUGGGUGUUGGCGGUUAUUCUACAGGUAAAUUUUACUUUAUCUUGUCACUUGCGACAGCUUUACGUAUUAUAAAAUUAAAUAUAAUCAAACCCUUUAGCUGGGCCCUCUUUUAUGGUACUGCAAAUCAAUGAAAUACGCCCUCAAGUGCUUCACACUUCAAAAACGACCACGAAAAGAGCGCAUCUUCUAUCAGAAAGUGUUCUACAAGAAGAUCGAAGCGGACCGUGAUGCUGGGAUCCUCAGAUUUUUUGAGGCUUGCCUAGAAUCCAUGCCUCAACUUCUUAUUCAAGGAUACUUUCUUUCAAAAGAUUGGCAGAAUUACGGUCAUACUGAAUCAGAGUUCAUUUGGCAUUGUAAGUAAAACCUUUCGAAUCCGGUUUGCGAUCUUUUUCUUAAACGAUUGUUGCUUUUCAGGGCGUUGUACUUCAAUUGUAUUAUCCUUGAUCUCCAUUUCCUAUUCCUUCGUUUCACAUCACCGCGUCCUUCGAAUUUCAUUGCCUCAAAAACAGAACCUCGGACCUCUUGGAUGCUACUUGAUCGUAAGUCUAUUCCCAUGAAUUCAUAAAUCCUUAUCUAUCGUUUUUUGUCGUUUAUUUAAAUCAAUGUAAUUUCAGUUUCUAUGGCGGUUCUUUACGGUUUCUGCCCGUUUCAACGUCGUUACCGUAAUCCUAGUUAUAAAUUUUGUUGCGGGUUUAGUUCUCAUGAUCUCCCAUUUACUUAUUUCUACCUCAAGUCUACUUAUUUUGCAACGAAUUGAUACGAAAUCUAAGUCAAAAAUGAUUGACCCUGUAAUGUUCGCCAUAAACCUUUGGAUUCACAUCUUUGGUCCCUUUAAUAUGGCCGAAGGACCGUCAAGAUUACGGUAUGGAAUUGAAUAUGGAUUGGAAAUUUUCGAAGGAAUGGUAAGUAUAAUAACUUGUAUUUAAUUUUAUUUCGAGUCGUAUAUGAUAACGGAAUUUGUCAUUUCAGAUAGUAAUCUGCCUCGCAAACUUCUACUUCAAGCCCACAUUUCCUUUCGUUGAUCGUAUUCUGGCUGGGAUGGGUGUAUCAUACGCAAUUGGGAUCACAAUCAUGAUCAUUUAUCAUCUCUUUUUCCAUCCAAAUAUCAAAACCAAGGUUGUUUUCCGCAACAUAGCGUCAAAUAAACCCUAG